UAUCCUUUUUUUUUUUUUUUUUCAGAAUCCAUCUAAGAACAUGCUGCCACAAAUAGCCUUUUUGCUGCUAAUGUUCCUGAACUUGGUUCAUGGAGGGUUUUAUGCUGAGCGGUACCAAACACCUACAGGCAUAAAAGGCCCACAACCUAACACCAAGACACAAUUCUUCAUUCCCUAUUCCAUAAAGAGCAAAGGUAUACCAGUAAGAGGAGAACAAGGUGUUCCUGGUCCUCCAGGCCCCACUGGACCUCGAGGGCACCCAGGUCCAACUGGACCACCUGGAAAACCAGGCUAUGGAAGUCCUGGGCCCCAAGGAGAGCCAGGGUUACCAGGACCACGGGGACCACCAGCCACUGGGAAGCCAGGUUCACCAGGAUUACCAGGAAAACCAGGGGAGAGAGGACCAUACGGACAAAAAGGAGAUAUUGGACCAGCCGGUUUACCCGGACCACGGGGCCCACCUGGGCCACCUGGGAUACCUGGUCCAGCUGGAAUUUCUGUUUCAGGAAAACCUGGACAACAGGGACCUACAGGAGCCCCAGGACCCAGGGGCUUUCCUGGAGAAAAGGGCCCACCAGGAAUCCCUGGUGCAAAUGGGCAGAAAGGGGAAACAGGACAUGGUGCUCCUGGCCGCCCAGGUGAGAGGGGCCUUCCAGGUCCUCAGGGUCCUGUGGGACCACCUGGCCCCCCUGGAAUGGGAAAAAGAGGUGAAAAUGGGUUUCCAGGACAGCCAGGUAUCAAAGGGGAUAGGGGCAUUCCAGGAGAAAGAGGACCAAUUGGUCCACCAGGCCCCCAAGGUCCUCCUGGGGAACGAGGACGAGAAGGCAUAGGAAAGCAGGGAGCUCCUGGCACCCCAGGCCAGCCAGGAGUUCCAGGAACAAAAGGUUAUCCUGGGGCUCCAGGAGUUGCUGGGCCCCCAGGGGAGCCUGGCUUUGGGAAACCAGGCUUGCCAGGCCAGAAAGGACAAAGAGGACCUGCUGGUCUUCCAGGUGGUCCAGGUGCCAAAGGGGAGCAAGGCCCAGCAGGUCGUCCUGGGGAGCCGGGUCUGCCAGGGCCCCCUGGAAAUAUGGGCCCACAAGGACCAAAGGGCAUCCCAGGAAAUCACGGGAUCCCAGGUUCUAAAGGCAUGACAGGGCCAGCUGGUCCCGCAGGACACCCUGGGGCUAAGGGAGAGAGGGGGCCUUCUGGGUUAGAUGGCAAACCAGGGUACCCAGGAGAACCAGGUCUCCCUGGUCCUAAGGGUAACCCAGGUUUACCAGGCCCAAAAGGUGACCCUGGAGUUGCAGGGCCUUCUGGUCUCCCAGGCCCUGUUGGCCCAGCAGGAGCUAAGGGAGUGCCUGGACACAUUGGUGAGACUGGUCCAAGAGGUGCCCCAGGAAUACCGGGUACUAGAGGCCCCAUUGGGCCACCAGGAAUUCCGGGAUUCCCUGGAUCUAAAGGGGAUACAGGACUUCCAGGUCCUCCUGGUCCAGCUGGCAUAGCAACUAAGGGUCUCAAUGGACCCACUGGGCCACCAGGACCUCCAGGUCCAAGAGGCCACUCUGGAGAGCCAGGUCGCCCGGGGCCCCCUGGGCCUCCUGGUCCCCCAGGCCAAGCAGCUCUGCCUGACAGCUUUGUAAAGGCAGGUCAAAGGCCCAGUCUUUCGGGGAUGCCUCUUGCUAGUGCCAACCAGGGUUUAACAGGAAUGCCAGUGCCUGCUUUCACUGUUAUUCUCUCCAAAGCUUACCCAGCAAUAGGUAGACCAAUUCCAUUUGAUAAAAUUUUGUAUAACAGACAACAGCAUUAUGACCCAAGAACUGGAAUCUUUACUUGCAGGGUUCCAGGAAUAUACUAUUUCUCCUACCAUGUGCAUGUGAAAGGAACCCACAUGUGGGUGGGUCUGUAUAAGAAUGGCACCCCCAUAAUGUAUACCUAUGAUGAAUACAACAAAGGCUAUCUGGACCAGGCUUCAGGGAGUGCCAUAAUUGAGCUCACAGAAAAUGACCAGGUGUGGCUCCAGCUGCCCAAUGCUGAGUCCAAUGGCCUGUACUCCUCAGAGUACGUCCACUCCUCUUUCUCAGGAUUCUUAGUGGCUCCACUGUGAGCAUAUUUCCAAUGAGCUAAUAUAAAAAUCUGCUUGAAAAGGUAUUCAUCCCCCAAUUCCAUCCCGCCCCAAAAUGCAUAUGGAGGUAGGCUAAAAAAAAAAAAAGUAACUAAUUUUAACUAUCUAAAAUACAGAUUUGAGCUUUCAGAUGGAAGUAAUGUCCCCUCGACCCCGAGAAAGUGGACAACAGUAAUAAGUAAUGUGUGAAAACCCUCACAAAUUUCUAGUCAGCAAUCCUAAAACUCUUCAAGUUUUCUGUGAAGUCCUUCCAGAUCUAAAGGUCUCACCAUACAGGUCCUGCUUGGCUAAAAAUACACAAUGAUCACAUAUGAAAAAUCACCCCUGAAAUGUGAUGCCAAAUUAUGUUAGAUUUGAUUUCAGAAACUCACCAUUUCCUUUCAAAGUAAGCAUGCUCUAACAGUUAACAGAGGAACUUCCAGGAAACAUUCAGGAGGUAUCACUUAUCUUUAUAGAACUUAAAUACUUGAAUAUUCAAAUUUAAGACACUGUAGACCCUAAGAUAUUUCUGAUGGUGCAUUACUCAAAGGCUUAUAUGGCCCCCUUCAUAAAGAUCACUCAGAUAUACAGGUGCACAUAGAUGUUUUACAGCUCUCAUUAAAAAACCAAACAUUACAUUAAAUUUAAUC